AUGUACUCGCAGAAUCAUCAGCAGGGCCACAAUGCCCGGCUGAAUGGUGCUGGUAGAGGAAUGCCCGGCAUGCUCUACAAUUACCAGCAUGCACAGCAUCAACACCCUUCGCAAGCUCAACAUCAUCAAGGCUUGCAGCACGACCAUGGCCUUCCCACCUCUAACGGACUAGGACAUCACUCAUCAUUCCCAUCCGGCCUUCUCUCCUCGUCAGCCCAAUUCAACUCGGGCCUUCCAAACGGUCAAUCCGCGUCUCGUACCGGGACCGCACCGCAAAACGAAAUGUGGGCGGAGCAGAUGCGAUUGCACAAAGAGUCUGAACGCGCCCACUCUGCCAUGACGGACCAGCAACAACCCCAUUAUUACGCACGACUAAAAGCCUCAGAGAAUAAGGGUAUAGGUGGUCCCCCACCCUCUAGCGGCAAGGCACAAGCCGACGGCGAAAACGAUGCCGAUAGACGGCGACCAUGGGAUGCCAGCAAAGAGACAACCCGACAAGACUGGCACAACAUGGACAUGAGCGGUCAAGGUCUACGCAACCUCGCUCCUGAAUUGUUUCGCUAUCAGUUCUUAUGUGAGCUUUACAUCGCCUCGAACAAGCUCUCCAGGCUACCGAAACAAAUUGGCGAGCUCCGCCAAUUGAAACACCUGGAUGUGUCUUUCAAUCAAUUGACUGAGAUUCCUCCGGAACUGGGAAUGUGCACAUUUCUGAAGCAGCUCUUACUCUUCAACAAUAGUAUUCAAGAGCUGCCAUAUGAAUUGGGCUCUCUACACUCGCUGGACGUACUAGGCAUCGAGGGCAACCCUCUGAACCACGACUUGAAGCAGGAUAUCAUGGAAAAGGGCACAAAGAGCAUAAUCAGCUUCUUUAGAGAAACUGCGCCAGUACCCCCCGAGCCUAAACCCCGCGAGCCGAUUAUCCUUCAAGAGGACGUUUCGCCCAACCUUGAGCGAGUCAAGGUUUUCUCUUGGAAUAUCCUUUGCGACAAGUAUGCGACGCCACAGAUCUACGGAUACACACCGAGCAAAGCCCUCAAAUGGGAUUACCGACGUGAAUGCAUCUUGAAAGAAAUACGCGUCCGCGAUGCCGACUUUGUGGCUCUGCAAGAAGUAUCUGGCGAAGCUUUUCGAAAUGAGCUGAGUCCCGAGCUGAGCACAGAUGGCUAUCGAGGCAUUUUCUGGCCCAAAACGCGGGCCAAAACGAUGUCGGAGAAGGAUGCUGGUCAGGUCGACGGAUGUGCUGUCUUUUACAAGCAGCGAAAGUGGGUGGUUCUUGACAAGCAGGUUAUCGAAUUUGCAACAAUUGCUAUCAACCGCCCUGAUAUGAAAGGAGAGCACGACGUCUUCAAUCGAGUCAUGCCCAAGGACAACAUCGCUGUCAUUACCCUGUUCGAAUCUCGCAAAACAGGUGCCCGGAUUAUCCUUGUCGACGUCCACCUUACGUGGGAAACAACCUUGGCCGAUGUCAAGGCUAUCCAGACUGGUAUUUUGAUGGAGCAGAUUACGAAGAUGGCCGACUCGUACACGCAGUGGCCACCCUGCAAGGAGUCAGACAAGAGGUUGAUUAUUGCGCCUGGUGAGGAAGGCAGUGACGCUGGGGCAGAUGAAGUGGGUCCCAGUCAAGAAUAUCGCUGCAACACUGAGAUUCCUCUUGUCGUCUGUGGCGAUUUUAAUUCGACAGAAGACUCGUCCGUCUUCGACCUCAUGUCCAAGGGUCGUGUGGCUCCUGAGCACCCAGAGUUGGCCGGGCACGUAUACGGAAGCUUCACGCGCGACGGUAUCGAGCAUCCUUUCAGCCUACGUGAUGCGUACGCCGCUACAAGAGGAACCGCUGACGAGAUGCCGUUUACAAACUACACGCCUGGCUUCUCCGGCGUCAUUGACUAUAUUUGGUACUCGACCAACACGCUAGAGGUUGUCGAGGUACUGGGUGCGAUGGACAGCGCGGCUCUCAAGCGGAUUCCGGCGUUUCCCAACUGGUGGUUCCCUGCUGAUCACAUUCAAAUCAUGGCCGAUUUCGUCAUCAAGGCCCGCAAGGAGAAGAAGCAGAGCAACCAAGAUCGGGAGCAGAGCAUCAGCGGCUCACGGCGAUCCUAA